AACACUUGCCUCUAAGCUUCUUCUUGUUCUUCAUGUUCUUAUUCUCCUCCACCAUCAUAUCAACAAAAAAAAAAUCCUACUUUUUGAAAAUCCCAAAUUCAUAAAUUUCUCAAAACACCAAAUCUUUUUUUCACUCUUUCUAUGCUCUAACAAAAAGAAGACAUUUUUUUUGGUUAUAAUAUACCAAAAUGGUGGUUCUUGGAAAUUCCUUUGUGAUAUUUACACUUGUUUUGUGUUCUAUAUGGGUAUUUACAUCAGCAGAUUCAUCUAUUUAUGAAGUUCUUAAAUCCCAUGGAUUGCCAAUGGGAUUACUACCAAAGGGUGUGAGGAAUUUCACUUUAGAUAAUUCUGGGAAUUUUGUGGUUCAUUUAGAUCAACCUUGUAAUUCAAAAUUUGAGAAAAAAGAAAAUGAAUUGCACUAUGAAAGGAAUGUUUCAGGGAGUUUGAGUUUUGGUCAAAUUGAUUUGAUUUCUGGGAUUUCUGCUAAAGAUUUGUUUUUGUGGUUUCAAGUUAAGAAAAUCUAUGUGUCAUCUUCAAGUUCUGGGGUAAUUUAUUUUGAUGUUGGAGUUGUUUCUAAGCAGUUUUCAUUGUCUUCAUUUGAUAAUCCAAAGGAAUGUACUGCUGUUCAGGUUACAGAUCUUGAAGAUGCCAAACAGGACUCUAAGAGUCUAUCCGGGAACAUUCGACACAAGCUUGAUCAGGGGAAUAUUGGCAGUGCUAUUUUGUAGAAUAUUGCAGUUCAAAAUUUGGUUACAGAGUUGUUGCACAUAGCUCAAUCAACUUCUUUGGAUGGUCU